AUGACCAUGAAUCAAUCAUGUCCGGAUUCAUCCACCCUCGAUACGACCGUACAACUAUUGAAUGUGCUCAAUCCGGUCAUGGUUGCCGUUUCCGGGUUUGCAUUGAUUACUAAUAUCGUUUUCUUAUUAUGUUUACUAGAUGGCGUCCAUCGUCGUGAAUUAGCGUUGAAGCGAUACCUUUUUGUUGCGAACCGUUCAUUGGCGGAUUUGGUUACGGUUUCUGUAAUUUUGGCUUAUCUUCUGCAUUCUCAACGGUCGGCCUGUCAUGAUGUACAUUUGGGUUGUACACCAGAUCAACCGGAGGGUAAUCCGUUGCCAUUACAGGUUGUCAUCACACUCGACUAUUGGUCGGUGGCAUUCAGCUACAGUGGCUUAGCCAUGAUGACCAGAUACGCAACAAGAUUAAGCUCACGACGCGUUCUUCACUUUUUAUUGCUUGGAUGGCUGGCUAUGAGCACGGCGCUUUGGAUUAUCAUGUAUUUGACUGACGAAGACACAAACUUUGACAGCAACGGAAUGAUUUAUGUUAUUUUACAUCGACUCCGUACAGGGAUGGGAUUUCGAGACGAUGAAUCGUUGCUUUGGUUUGUCGAUCUAUGCCAUAAUCUAUCCGAGCGAUCUGAUGGUGAUUCAAAUUCUGGAGGGGCUCUCGCGCUUGUAUUGCCAAUUGCUGCUUUUCUAAUCACUUUAGGAAGUUACAUGCUGGUUUGCUGGGCUUUGAGAAGACAUCGUGAGUGCAAUGAAUCCUCCGUUGUUUUGAGGCAUAAAGCUUCACUUUGGCGGCUUGGAUGUCAUAUUUCAUUAUUUUUAAUAACCUGCGCUUUGAUGGGAAUUGCCUAUUAUGCUACGGGACCAAUGAGAGAUGCUUGUCUUCGAUUUAUGGGAUCAUUGGAGGGCGACUAUGACUCAGAACCUCCAUGCCUAUCAGAUCCAUUAAUGAGUUAUGUGAUGCUCUGCUCAGUGGCUUCACUCGGAUGGUUGGGUCGUGUUUGUUUAGACCCGAUUAUUGAUAUGCGCCAAGAUGUGCAGCUAAAAAGAAUUGUCAUGUACUACAUCUAUUGUUGCUCAUCAAAGGGUCGAAAACGCUAUCCGCGCAAUGGAACGGACAAGGAGAAGCAGCUGGCAAUGGCAAAUACGAAUCCAACUGAAAUGUCGCAAAUCAGCCGUCUGGCGGAUGAAACGAUUUGC